AGUUGAUUCCUCCCCCUCUCCUGCUCAGACCACCGAAGCAGCAGGAUGUGAUCUGUAACCACUGAAAAAGCACAGCUGGCACUUUGAGGAGCUGAGCUGCAGACUGCCCUUGUGGAGCAACGAUGGAGAAAGAAGAGCAAGAGAAGAAGGAAGGGAAACUGACCCUGGUGCUGGCCCUGGCAACAUUGAUAGCUGCCUUCGGUUCAUCUUUCCAAUAUGGGUACAACGUGUCUGCUGUUAACUCACCGUCAGAGUUCAUGCAACAAUUUUACAACAACACCCACAACGAAAGAACCGGGGAUUUCCUUGAUUCCUUCACCCUGACGCUUCUGUGGUCCGUGACGGUGUCCAUGUUCCCCUUUGGGGGCUUCAUAGGCUCUCUCCUGGUUGGACCCUUGGUAGAUAAAUUGGGCAGAAAGGGGGCCCUGCUCUUCAACAAUAUAUUCUCCAUCAUCCCAGCCAUCCUAAUGGGGUGCAGCAAAGUUGCCAAAACCUAUGAGCUUAUCAUUGUUUCCAGACUUCUGGUUGGAAUAUGUGCAGGGGUAUCUUCCAAUGUGGUCCCUAUGUACUUAGGGGAACUGGCCCCUAAAAACCUGCGAGGGGCUCUUGGGGUGGUGCCCCAGCUCUUCAUCACCAUCGGCAUCCUUGUGGCCCAGCUGUUUGGCUUUCGGGAUCUCUUGGCCAAUGAGGAAGGCUGGCCAAUCCUCUUGGGGCUGACUGGGGUGCCCGCAGCCUUGCAGCUCAUUCUCCUGCCCUUCUUCCCCGAGAGCCCCCGCUACCUGCUGAUUCAGAAGAAAGACGAAUCAGCCGCCGAGAAAGCCCUGCAGAGGCUUCGAGGUUGGGAAGAUGUGCAGUGGGAAAUAGAGGAGAUCCGGAAGGAGGACGAGGCUGAGAAGGCCGCGGGCUUUAUCUCUGUGUGGAAGUUGUUCAAGAUGCGGUCCCUGCGCUGGCAGCUCAUCUCCAUCAUUGCCCUUAUGGCCGGUCAGCAGCUGUCAGGAGUGAACGCGAUCUACUACUACGCUGACGAGAUCUACCUCAGUGCAGGUGUGAAAAGCAACGACGUCCAGUUUGUGACAGCUGGGACAGGGGCAGUCAAUGUGUUCAUGACCAUCGUCACGGUAUUUGUGGUAGAGCUUUGGGGACGGCGACUUCUGCUCCUCCUUGGCUUCUCCACCUGCCUCAUCGCCUGUAUCGUGGUAACAGUCGCACUGGUGCUGCAGAACACCAUCACCUGGAUGCCUUAUGUCAGCAUCGUCUGCGUCAUUGUCUACGUCAUCGGACAUGCUGUGGGGCCCAGUCCCAUCCCUGCCCUGUUCAUCACCGAGAUCUUCCUACAAUCCUCCAGGCCAGCUGCCUACAUGAUCGGGGGCAGCGUCCACUGGCUCUCCAACUUCGCCGUGGGGCUUAUCUUCCCAUUCAUUCAAGUGGGUCUCGGCGCCUACAGCUUCAUCAUCUUCGCGGUAAUCUGUCUCCUCACCACCGUCUACAUCUUCAUGGUCAUCCCUGAGACCAAGGGCAAGUCAUUCAUUGAGAUCAACCAGAUUUUCGCCAAGAAGAACAAGGUGUCGGACGUCCACCCAGACAAGGAGGAGCUCCAAGACCUCCCACCCGCCAUGGUUCAGUAGCAGCCGAGCCCACAGAGCUGGUCUGCGUGGACCUUUCUCCUGGACUUUGGUUCUGGCUUCUUGUUGUCUGUGACAUUGGAAGUGAGACGAGCCUGGCGGGGAAUGCCAGCGCUGUCACCAGCCUCCAUCCAGUGGGGACAUCUGACCUCUCUCUCCUUUUGUGCUUUUCUGAUGUCUCUAAGCAUAGAAGCCAGUCACAGGCUCUCAUCACCCUCAACGCCGUCCUUCCUCUUUGCUGAGCUGACUGUGGUGGGGGUCCUGUAACAUAGCCUUUCUAACAAAAACAGAUGUGAGGGUCAUAUUGUACCAGCAAGGUGACCCUUCUGUGGCCCCCGGUGCCUCGGGGGUCACUGGCCUUUGCUCGGGAGUGAAGUCAUCCUUUCUCCUGACCCAGCGUUGUCACCGAGCUUGGGAAGAGACCACGGGAAGAGACUCACUGAGCAUGAGUUGUUAACUAUACAUGAUAGUAUUAGUGGAACAUGGUGUCACCUCCAUAUAGCCAA